AUGCUUCAGGACCUUGAGUUCGUCGUGUCCAACAAGGUGACGCGGGUGAUCAAUUGCGCCGGAAGACAGGUACCAAAUCACUGGGAGUCGAUCGGCGUUGUAUAUCUAACGUAUUAUUGGGUGGAUGCCGAGAGCCAGGUGGUCCUGGAUCCACGCGAUGUCGUGUCGCCACGCGCUCAGGUGGUCAAGUCCGAGUCCUUCCGUUUCAUUGAAGAGGCCCUGAAUGCAGCAGAGAGCGUACUCAUCCACUCCGUGCGGGGGCAGUCCAGAUCCUGCUGCAUUUUGGGAGCCUACAUGAUGAGAAAAUACAGUUGGGGCCUGCGCAAGACGAUGGAAUUCCUCAGCUUCCGCAGGCGGAUCCAUGAAGCAUGGCACCGCUACUUGCAGCAGACAUGUCCAGAGAUGCUCCAGCAAUAUGAACCCAAGAGUCGCAACUCAUGGCAACCAUGUGGCCGGUGUAGCUUAGUGCUGUGUCGAUGCACUUUUAGGACACGGCCCGGCACGUGGGGGGUUGAGGGGAUUUGCGGCGGGCAGGCCCGACAUGAACUUGAAGACUGCGUUCAUGCAGCCCGCGGCCAAGAGCCAGACCGUGUUUAG